AAUCGUCGAAGGUCGAUAUGACCAUGCAUCGGGUGACUUUUACAUAUAGAAAAGAGUCACGCUUGAUUCUGUGAAAGGUAAAGAACGUCCAUGCGACGGUCACAGAACCGUGGAAUCAUAUGGCGAUAAGGAGGUCCACACAUAAAUUACUUACGAAAGAAGCAACAUCGUAAGUAUGGACUUCCGAAGCGUGAAUCUCUUGAACGUGCGAAUAAACGCUUUAUCGGGCAACCUGUUGCCGAUGACACCCGACGACACGCAGUUUUCGAUUACCUGGAAAAUAUAUAGCUGCUUCGUGUGGGUCAUCGAAUUGAUACGUGCAGGCGGUUUAAUUCCCGGGAUCAUGUACGUGUCGAGAAGUAAGGCUCUGGAAGAUGCCACAGUCGCCAUCGUAUUCACUGCGGAAGUAAUCUUCAUGGUGAUGCGAAUUCAGUCACGUAGCGCGUUGGUACGACGGCUUAUUCAGAAGCUGAAUGACAUUUUGCAUACCGAGGACGAGACUAUGAAGUACGUCAUGACGACUACUAUGAAACCGAUGGCAAUGCCGCUAAAUUUCUAUUGGAGUACUGGCCUGGUGGGCGUGAUUGUGUGGGGCAGUAUGCCACUUUUGCUGCUAUUUAAAAAGAGCUCUUUCUACUACGAAGAUUACAGAAUGCCGGUUGCUUUUUCUAAGCAGCCAUUUUCGACCGGAGUCUUCCUGCUAGGAAGCCUCCUCAUAUCGAUCGCUAGCAUGUAUAUGUUUUCGAAGAAAGUCGGCGUGGACGUCUAUAUGAUUCAUCUAGUGUUGAUGGUAACGACGCAAUAUCGAUAUAUCGCGGUGAAGCUCCAGAAAUUAUUUCAAGAAACAAAUUCAAAAAGUGAAAGCGAUUUUCAAGAAGAAUGCCAUCCCAGGAGGACAGAUUCAUGGGCUGAAAAAGAGAUAAAAGCAAUAUGUCAGCAUCACAACACCGUGGUUCACUUAUCGUUUAUGUUAAAGAAGUUGUUAGCCUUAAAUUUUAGUAUAAUUUAUGUGAACAGCGUCUUACGAUUCUGUUUUAUCGGUAUCAUGUUGAGUACAGUAUUUUCGUCAGUUUUCAUUGAAGGUUUCUCAAUCACCAUGUUUGCUUUCGCCGAAAUGUUACAAUUUUACAUUCUAUGUUCCUCCGUACAACAAUUACUAGACGCAAGUACAAAAAUGACGGAUAUGGCAUUUCAUGAAAAUUGGUAUCAAUUCGGUGCCCCAGUUAAACGAACAUUUAUGUUAAUGAUAUUGGGAAAUAAACUAGAGUGCAAACUUGCGGCAUUUAACAAGUUUAACCUGUCGUUGCCAUCAUUUAUGGCGGUUAUGAAUCAAGCAUAUACAAUAGCUCUUUUAUUUUUAAAGAUAAAGUAAAAUGUGAUGGUGGACAUAUUGCAAUCUCAAAUUAUUAAAAUUUUUAUAUUACAAGGCUAUAUAAAUGAUUACCAAUAAAUAAGUAAACUAUUCUCUGUAUCGUCAAAGUCUACGAUUCUUGUUUUAGAGAAGAGGGUACCAAAAAAUAACAAAUUGGCAAAAAUUAUUAACUAUG